CAUCCAUCCAUCCAUCCAUCCAUCCAUCGGUCGACCCAGCACUGACGCCGUCUUCGCUGGAGCAAGCAAAGCCAAGCAAAAAACAAAGCAAGGUCAGAUCAUCAAGGGCCCAGUUGCAAGGAGGACGCGCACACUUGGUCAUCUGCUUGCCACUCUGAAGGCAAAGGAACUAGAGAAACACAAGAAGCAAACCAUACGCGUUCGAGCUUGACCGCCGCCCCCACCAAACAGAGCAACGGCAAGACCACCUGGCGGGCCAACGGCAACAACACGCGCACGGCGCCUCUCCUUUUGCUGCUGCUGCUGCUGCUGCUGCACUAUGUCAAGCUUGGCUUCGCCUGCAUUGACAGAUUCUGAACGAUUGUCUCGCGACAGCGGUAUCCGCCUCUCUGCAUCUCCUCCACAGGCCGAUCAACAACCGACCAACCCCAAGACCCUCAAACGAACUCCCUAUUCCAUCAACACCGCCACCAUUUCCAACAUCGACACAGAAGAAAAGGACAGCCCCGCAGCAAAGGUCGAGCACGACCUGCGCAAGUGGGAGGAGACGAUGGAUGCCGUGGAUCCGCAGAGCAGCAUCAAGAAAAUUGAGGACGAUGACACGCGCUGGCUCAACACGCUCGCUGACACGGAUGUCUUUGACGACGGCCCGACCACUCCACCCCUCACCACAAGCGUGAGCGGCGGUGCGUUUAGCCAGGACGACAGCGGCCUCUCGGCGCUGCCCUCCUUUGGCACGCCGUCUUCCACUGUGGGCACCGCGGCCACGCUGAGCAACACCAGCAGCACGCACGGCACCAUGGCCCCCGGCACCCCGCUGCACCCUCACGAUGCAAUGGCCUGGGCCACACACGCCACGCCGUACCCCGAGCCACCGCAGCAAUUCGCCGGCUUGGAGCCGGCACUGGCAUCGCUCUCGCUCUCCGGGGCAGGCCCUUGGAGCCAGGCGGGGCCACAGGACAGCACAGCCAGCGGGCCCAUGCCCACGACGCAAAACGAGCAGCAGGGUGGGUGGUCUCUGCCGCAGCACAUGUCUGCGCCGGACAGCGCAAACAUCUCCCCGCCCCUGGCAGAUGACAGCGGCGUGGCCACAACGCCUGCGCGCCCCCAGGCCGAGUUUCACCAGCAGCCGCAGGCCUCCGCUGGCGGCGGGUUCCAGCCAUGGUCCGCUUCAAUGCACCCACAACAGCAGCCACAGAGACAGGCCAUGCAGCACGCUCACGCCCAGGCCCGCCACCCACAGUUCCAGCAGGCGUACAUGUUCCCGCAGCGUGCCAAGUCCGUCUCUGCCGACCCAAACAUGUUCACGGGCGGUGGCACGGGAAUGAGUGGCAGUGGUGGCCUCAUGCUUGCGCCCGGGUCCCAGGACUGGCUGCCUGCCAACCCCCCUUCUUCUCAGCAGCAGGAGCAGCAACAACAGCAGCAGCGGCAUGACCCUGCCCAACAGCGGCAGGAGCAAAAACCGCCACAGCAGCAGGGCAUACCCCCACCCCAGCAGCAUGUUAUGGGUGCUUCGUUCCAACCCCAGCACCCACAUCAUCAAGCCCUCCAUCUCGGCCACCCCCACCACCAUCCCCACCAGCAGCACCUUCAUCAUAUGCAGCCAGGCAUGGUGCCCCCGCCGAACCAUCGCUAUGCACGCGCCCACAGCGAGCCGGCCCCAGGCAUGCACUUUCACGCGCCCGGCCCUGCAACUGCCCCUCACACCCCCCACUCUUUCCUGCCCCACACCCCUGGCCCGCUGAUGGAGGAGCCGCAUGGGCAUGCCCCACCGUUCCACGCGCACCCGCACCCGCACCACGCUCAUCACCACCACCUCCAUCAUCACGGUCAUCCCCACCAUCCACCGUCCGCCUUCAUGUUUGCGGGCGCGCCAUUGGCCUCACCGUCGACUGAAUUCAGUCAUGACAGGGAUGGCCGGCGUCGCCCAUCAAGCAGCCGCAACAGCGCCGAACGCGGCACGCCGCGGCGCGGCAACAACGGCCUGCAGAACACCUUCCGUCGCCUCAACCUCGACAGCAGCACGCGGCUGCGGGACCUCGCGGGCCGCAUUGUCGAGCUGUCGGCGGACCAGCACGGUUCACGCAUGAUUCAGCACUGCAUCGAGUCUGCCACGCCGGCAGAAAUGCACAAGCUGCUGGAGGAGGUUGGCGAGCAGCUGUACCAAGUCAUGACUGACGUCUUUGGCAACUACGUCAUCCAGAAGCUGCUGCAGUAUGGCGAUGGCACCGUGCAGCACGCCAUUGUCAACGGCAUGCGCGGCCGCGUGCCGGCACUUUCCAUGCACAACUACGGCUGCCGUGUUGUGCAGGAGGUCCUUGCCACCGUCACCUCUGCCGAGCUGCGCAACAUUGUUCUCAAGGAGCUGGAGGCAUACAAUGUGAGCGAUCUCAUCAUGGAUCAGCAUGCCAACCAUGUCAUUCAGAAGUGCGUCACCUCGCUUUCCCCAGACAACCUCGGCUUUGUCAUCUCCGCCUGCGAGCGCCAGGCCUCGGCCAUGUCCCGCCACCUGUACGGCUGCCGCGUGAUUCAGCGCCUGAUUGAACAGUGCGAGUCGACGCAGCUGGCUCUUGUGUACAAGAAUGUGCUUGACGACUGUGCCUCCCUCAUGAAGAACGCGUACGGCAACUACGUCAUUCAGCACGUGCUCGAGCAUGGCAAGCAGGAGCACCGCGACGUGGUCAUGGACUGCGUCUCCGGCAACCUCCUCACGCUCAGCCAGCACAAGUUUGCCAGCAACGUGAUUGAGAAGUUUCUGCGCGUUGCGCGUGCGGACCAGAUUUCCUCGCUCGUGGCCGAGUUGUGCCGCAGCACUGCGCUGCCGGACGGAACCACGGCUGCUCCACUGCACAUCAUGAUGAAGGACAAGUACGCAAACUAUGUCAUCCAGACGCUCAUGCAGUUUGCCCCUCGCCAGACGCAGAUGGCCCUUCUCGACUACAUUCACGCCAACCGCGAAGUCCUUCGGGGUUACAACUAUGGCAAGCACAUUGUUGCAAAAGCAGAGGCUCUGCGUACACAGCGCCGCUAG